UGUAGCCCCUCACCUCUGUCACGAAUAAAAGGAGGGUCAUCAGCAGACACACUCACACACAGAGACCAGAGAUCACUGCUCCAUGUUAGCAAUGGAAACAUCUUCAGUCCUCCUUGUGUGCAUCCUGGUGACAUGUUCAGUCUGGACAGUCCGUGGGAGAAGCUUUGUGGGUAACAUUGAUGAUCAGGUGGAGCAGUUGGAGGUGGAAGGCUCUACGGAGGCCGGGAUGGUUCCAGGUGUGUGCUGGGUAUGCGAGUGGGCUUUGAACAAAGUGAAGAAAGACAUUGGACCAAACACCACCUCAGAGAACGUGAAAUUGAAGUUGGUUAAGGUCUGCGAUGAAAUUUACACCUUAAAAACUGUGUGCCACAACUUUGUGAAAAAACACCUCAAACAAUUGAUUGAGGAGCUCAUGACCAGUGAUGAUGUGAGGACGAUCUGUGUGAACACCAAAGCCUGCAAGCCAAAGGAGCUGUCUCACCUGAUCUUUUAUCCAGGAGACGAAGAUUCACAGGCUAAAAUGUAACGAAAAAAAUCUGUAAUUUAACAGAAUCUUAACUGUUUAUUUUACAGAUUUUUCCUGUAUUUUUAAUAUACAGGUAAAAGAAGUAAAUGCUCUGUAAUUUUACUGAGAUUUGUUUGUUAAUUUACAAACAUCUUGUGUAAUUACGAAAGUUUUCACAACAAAAAUGUUGAACAAAUGUGUUUUUGUCAAUUUAUAACAUGUAUGAGCACUGGUAAACUGUCAAAAUAAAGUUUUCAUCAUUGAAAAUUGCCAUAAUUACUGUAAUUUCACAGAUGGUGACUUUUGUCCCUGAUGUUAUAUGCAUGAAUAAAAAUCAAACCACUGCAUUUAAUUCAUAAGAAUAAACAUUAACCUUGUGUGCUUUGUGGUAGUGAAUGAAUGGCCACAAACUCAGUGAUUAGAAGCACUUGUUCAAAAAAAAAACUAUAAAAGCUUUCUUUAAAUCGUAGCAUUUACUCUGUGUUGUACUUU